CAUCCAAAACAACAGAUAGUUUUUGGGUUUAGAAGUUGAAGGAGUAGUCUAAGUCAUCAAAAUGGGGAGAGCUCCAUGCUGCGAGAAAAUGGGGUUGAAGAGAGGGCCAUGGACUCCAGAAGAAGAUCAAAUUCUCAUCAAUUAUAUCAACACUUAUGACCAUGCUAAUUGGCGUGCAUUGCCCAAACUAGCUGGGCUGUUAAGGUGUGGAAAGAGUUGCAGACUCCGGUGGAUAAAUUAUCUGAGACCGGACAUCAAACGGGGCAACUUUACCAGAGAAGAAGAGGACACCAUAAUCAGUUUGCAUGAAAUGUUGGGAAACAGAUGGUCGGCUAUAGCGGCAAGGUUGCCAGGGAGAACAGACAACGAGAUAAAAAACGUGUGGCACACCCACUUGAAGAAGAGGCUGCCACAAAAUUAUAAACAAAGCCACGACCAGAAAAAACGAAGCAAAAAACAACCAAAGUUAGAUGUGGACGCCUCCAAAUCAAACCAAGACGCCAAACUAGAACAACAACAAGAGCCCGUGAAUAAUAAUUUUCCCUUUCAUGCAUCGAACUCAGAGGACAUGAUGCCACUAUCUCCUCCACAAUGUUCUAGCCACAUGUCCUCCUCCUCCCUCACCACUAGUGACAACAACGGUAGCAUUAACAAUAACCAUGACAUGUCCUUAAAUGUUAAUGAUGAUAUCGACACGCCGGAGAAUAAUCUUGCAUUGGACGAGGAUUUCUGGUCGGAAGUGUUGUCGUCUGAUAAUUCCGGUGAGACAACAAGCGGAUUUCCGACCAUUGACUAUGAUCAUCAGUUUCUACCGAUGUCUCCUCUAAUGACCGAAGAAGGGGUCCUUAUAGAUGCUAGUUCGUCGAGUGUGUGCGACGACGGCAUGGACUUUUGGUGCAAUGUUUAUGCGAGAGCUGAGGAAUUUACGCAGUUAUUGGAAUUGUGAUGUUAGUUAAUGUUGCUCUUAAUUAGUAGAGGCCAAGUCCUUCAUUCAACGGAAAACAAAAGAUCAUGUCAUUGUUCUUCUAUUGUUUGGACUUGAAUUAAUUUCCUAGAUAGAAAUUAAUAAAGUGUGUCCAUUACGACUGUUACUCGAUGUGAUUAUAAUAAAGUGUGCGUGUUCAUUACUACUGUUA